AUGAACGAAAUCACCCGUUUCCUCUCCUACGUCCAGCCGCCUGGCCCGCUCCCACUACUCGCACUCAUGCUGUUCGCCGCACACGGCCUGUACAUCUUCAUCUACUUCUUCCGCUGCCUGGUCACAGGACCACGACUCAAGGGUCGUGAGGACUACGAAAUGUUCGUCGCGUACUGGGCCGUCUUCUUCGUCAACCUCGUUCUCGUAGGAGUGCUGCCUUGGCUGGCUGUGUGGGCAGCCAUCAAGUCGUUGGAAGGGAUCGAGGGCGUCGUGCAGCGCGGUAUUGGGAUUUGGAACAGUUUGAAGGCCUAG